AUGGCUCCAUCGACCAUAGCAGAACCAUCCACUCCGGAAGUCUUCCCGGAAGAGCUGCCACCACGGCCGCCACCAACAGCCAGCACCUCACCCGCCAACUGGACGCCGCUCCAACGCCACCUCCUUACCGCGCACCUAUCCCUCUCAUCCCUCCUCUCCCUCUCCUGCGCCUCCGCCCCAUCACCACUGCUCCCAAGACUCUCCAUCCUCCUCUCGAACCCAUCCCCGCCAUCUCCAGUCCUCACCCUUCUGACCAUGACCAUCUACUUCCUCAGCCUCGGUCUCUCGCCACUCUGCUUCGCGCCUUUAUCCGAACACCCUGGCAUCGGCCGGCGACCGAUCCUCCUGGGUUCGCUCGGGAUCUUUACUUUAGCAAACGCCCUCACGGCGAUAACGGGAAGCUCUGGAAAACCAAUUCUGGGUCUGAUCCUGACCAUGCGUUUUCUGGCAGGCUGGGGUGCUGGCACGAGCGUCGUGCUUAGCGCGCCGGUGAUGAGAGAUCUGUACCCCAAGGAGGAGAAUCGUGGAAAGGGACUGGCAUUAGUUGGUGGAGCGGUGUACCUUGGUCCGGCACUAGGCCCUUUGUUCGGUGGCGUGGUGGGCGAGAGAGUCGGCUGGAGGUGGGUGUUCUGGAUUAUGGCUCUGUUCGGAGCUGCCCUUUUGGCCAGCGGCUGGUUUCUGGUAAGGGAGAGCAGUGCAGCGAAGAUCGAAUACUUGAAAGUGCAGAGAGAAAAGGAGGAAGCUGCCGCAUUCAAGGUCAGAUGGCGGAAAGAAAGACUGCUUGGGGUAAGGUACUUCACCCUUAGAGACGGAAAAGUGGUCAUGGACAAAGGCACUGUGCCGGAUGACCUUGAGCCGCCAACGAGAUUGCCGUCGGGACUGUCGACUAUCGCUCCGACCGCGGGUAGCGACCACAUCGAGAAGGCGCAGAUACGUCUCGGGCAGGCGCUGCUCCGUCCCAUCCGGCUUUUCUGCACGAGGCCGAUUCUGACGCUCAUCGCCCUCCUCAAUGGGAUGCAUUUCGGAAUCUACUGCAUCGUUUUGUCCACAUUUGCCACUUUGUACUCAGAGCGCUACCACCAGUCGGAGAGUUCGGCGUCGCUUCACUACAUGGCCAUCGCCCUUGGGGCGAGUAUAGCUGUGCAAGUCAGCGGCCGGCUAAUGGAUCUGCUGCACCGGAGGCUGAAGGCCAGGUACGCGGCUCGACAGACCGACAAGAAAGCCCAAGAGUUUCGCAUGCCUCUAGGUGCCUUGGCGACUGUGAUCGUGCCGAUCGGUCUCACGUGGUACGGCUGGGCCGCUGAAAGGCACGCACAUUGGAUCGUUGUCGACAUCGCAGUGGUUUUCUGGACGAUUGGUACAUUCGCAUUGGCGCAGGUUUGGCUGGCGUACACGGUGGACGAGUUCGGCCCAUUCGCUGCCUCAGCUAGUGCCGCAUCGAAGUUCUGGGGCUACUUGGCCGGAUUCUUAUUUCCUCUGUUCUCACCACUACUGUAUGAGAGGCUUGGAUAUGGUGUUGGAAACACUGUUCUGGCUGUUUUGUUUCUUGCAAUAGCAUGGCCAGUCCCUAUCCUCUUGUGGUUGUACGGGCCACGUGUGCGAGCACUCACGUGGGGUCGUUCGCUGAUCUCGGAGGAAGAGAACAGUCGUCAGUAA